GUGAGCUGUACCUGUGUGUGGGCGUGUCCUAUUGCCGGCUGCGGUGCUUCCAGCAGGCGGUGGCGUGUCUGCAGCGAGCCCUGGACUCUGCAGCCCAACAGCCCCUCCUAUUGGCCCGAGUCCUGCACAACCUGGGGGCCGCCCUGAACGCCGUGGGCCACUUCCCCGCCGCCGUGGGCUGCCACCGGCUGGCCGCCGCGCUCUACGGCUCCCUGGGUUGCUGUGGCGACCAGGCUCGUUGCUACAGUAACUUGGCGUUAGCCUGCAGUCGGCUCGGAGACGAGGAGGAGGCAGCAGAGAGCUUCAGUCGCGCGCUGCAGGGCUUCAGAGACGCCGAGGACCACCUGUCUGAGGUCCAGGUGUGUGAGUCGUUAGCAGAGUUUUACCUGAAUCAGAGGAAGCAGCUGAAAGCUGUUUAGCUCUACAAACAGGCUCUGACGGCCCUGUCUCACUGCCAGGACAGUUGUGGUUCAGUUUGCGAUCGUCGGGUGGAGAAUCUGACUGCAGCUCUACAGCAGAGUCUCAGCGUCUCUGUGACUCAGCUGGGCCACAAACUUACACUGAGCUUUAGAUGUCCUCGUCACAGGGGGGUUGACAUCACUCAGAGUCCAGGUGCAGCGUCCAAUCAGCAGCCAGACCACCAGAGGGGGGAGGGGCAAGGAUUCCAGCUUGAGGCCGCAGGCAGACAGGAAGCAGCAGAGCAUUCUGGGUCAGCGGAAGGCGGAGCCACUGAGGAACCUGAAUACCUGAGCGUGGUACCUGGACUACACAGGCUGUAUUCCCCGAAUUAUCUUAAAAGACCUUUAGAAAUAAAGGACAAACUGAGCUGUAUCCUAAUUGGUUGGUUGUUUUCUUUCAGUGAUACCUCAUUGGUUCAGGAGAUAGAGGCCCCGCCCACCAGCCCAGGUGACAUCAUAGAUGCCACACCCCCAGCAGUUGGGUGGAGGUCUCGGUUCUGUUCCCUGAUGUAGAGAAAGACAGGAAGU